GUGAGGAAGAGUUGUUUGCUGACGUCGAAAGAUACGGAAGUGAAUUCACCGGCGUGCUAGCGUUUGAAGCAGGGACUUCAUGCACCAAGUGGGGACAGAGACGGUCUUCACCUGGGCGACCGGCUGAAAGAAGAGACCUUCAACAUCAAGCAGGUGCCCAACAAUUUUGAAAUCAUGUGGCCAAUCGUUUGGACUGCUGUUCGCACCUAUGCUCCUUAUGUCACAUUCCCCGUGGCCUUUGUUGUGGGAGCCGUCGGCUACCAUUUGGAGUGGUUCAUCAGAGGCACACCCAAGCCCAAACAGGAGGAGAAAAGCAUCCUGGAAAUGAGGGAAGACAGGAAGCUGCAGGAGCAAGCCGGAAUGGACAGUACACAGGUGCUCAGUCUCAAAGACAAAUUGGAGUUUACUCCCAAAGCAGUGCUGAACAGAAACCGGUCUGAAAAGAGCUAAUGGACCUCCUUGUGUGCGACUGAUGUUGCCAAGCACUUUCACAUUGAUUCCUCCAGAUCAUAUGAUCCCACAUGAUCAGUCUGCAUGUGUGCGUAACAAUCAAACUCAGACGUAAAACAAAAUACUUUUAAUUUGUGUUAUUUUGUUAGCAACACGCACAGAUAUUGUGGUUUGAACUUUUCUCAGUUUGUCCUUGACAAAACACAGAUCACAAACCCAAGAGUAGAGGAGGAAAACGCCGUCCUUUUGUAGUUGCUUUCAUGGUAUGUGACACAAUAAGCCGACAGAGUGUGUGGUCUCUCAGGAAGUAAAAGCUGCUUAAAGCCUUGGUGUGGAGAAAACACCUCACUUUCAUUUUAGAAAGUCAGUCAACUUUGUCUGUUUCAGUUCAGGUUGUCAUCUUAAAAUGUGAAAUAAAUCAUUCAUGUAAUGUGAUCCACCUUCUGACUCGGUUUCCUUUUUACAACACCACUGAAGUUUUUGUUUCAUUGCGUUGCUUCAUGAUUCAUCGCCGGCUGACAUUGCUGCCAAGACAUUAUUAAAGAGAAGAGAAGAGAAGAGAAGGGUGGGAGUCCAUUGUUUAAUGACCGAAAUAGUUCUUAAGAAGAAGAUGCCAUGGAUAAAGACCAUGUUUUAGCAAGGAUGUCAGUAACUGUUACUGUUCUGAUGUAUUCAUGCACCACACAUGUGACCAAGAGUGAGCAGCAGAAAAUGAAUGAAUGACCGCUCCACUAAGAGUGGAUUUAUUUCAGAGGUUACACCAACUCUGUAGAGGCUUUUGUUGACUCUAAAAAACAUAUACACCAAACAAUGAACCCCUGAUACCCCUGAGGUAUCUAGCCACACUAUUCAAGGUUCUACAAUACUCUAAAGACCGUAGUUUUCAAUUCAUCUGUCUUAGUUUCAGUUGAAGGGUUUCCAGGCCAAACUGAAUAUGGUGAACUUUGCCAAUAUAUUGUAAUAUUCCUUUACAAACGCCAUCAUUAUUUGUUUUUUUUAAGGAAAAGACAAUGCAUUAAAUAUAUGAAGUCCAGAGUUUGUCUCAGUAGCAUCUACUUGUUCCAUGAUAGCCGAUAGAUUGCACUGACUCAGUGAUGUUUUAUUGUUUUUUUUUUUUGUUUUUUUUUUUUACUUUGCUUUGUCAUUAUUAGACUCAAGCAUGGCACAUCUUUCAAACUCUUUGCUAUCCGUCAUAGCUCCUCAGAUUACACCAUCAGAGCGAUAUGUACUGUAUUUAUCAAGUAUGUAUUUAUUAAAAAUAUUUUUAUUAAAUAUCGA